UUUAGCACUAAGGAGACAGGAUCCCAAGUCUGGUGGAUGAAUUGUGGCCGCAUGAUCAGAGCGUGAUUAACGGUGAUGAUGGUCUUGUUGACCGUCCGAUCUGUAGAGGAUCGUUCUCAGCCGUUCAGAUGGCUUGAGAUGGUCAUGUGGCUUUCUGACAGACUUCAAUAUUUUUUUAUUUAUUUUCCUGCGCUGCGCAUCCACUGCUCGAGGAUGAAGAUCAAUUAGUCAGGAGCUGAAAGAAGAGACCAAUUAGUCACUGAGUGUCCUUUGACGGCGGGCGAGGAUGAAGAUCUUCCACUAUCCUUGCUUGGAAGACAACCACGCCUACAUGAUCAUCGACGAAGCCACGAGAGAAGCUGCAGUUGUGGAUCCCGUGGAGCCUGAGAAGCUCGUGGAGGCUGCCGGUGAGCAUGGGGUUCAGAUCAAGCUUGUUCUCACCACGCAUCAUCACUGGAUGAAGAUCUUCCACUAUCCUUGCUUGGAAGACAACCACGCCUACAUGAUCAUCGACGAAGCCACGAGAGAAGCUGCAGUUGUGGAUCCCGUGGAGCCUGAGAAGCUCGUGGAGGCUGCCGGUGAGCAUGGGGUUCAGAUCAAGCUUGUUCUCACCACGCAUCAUCACUGGAUCAUCGACGAAGCCACGAGAGAAGCUGCAGUUGUGGAUCCCGUGGAGCCUGAGAAGCUCGUGGAGGCUGCCGGUGAGCAUGGGGUUCAGAUCAAGCUUGUUCUCACCACGCAUCAUCACUGGGAUCAUGCAGGGGGGAAUGCAAAGAUGAGGGAGAUGAUCCCUGGGAUCAAAGUCUAUGGAGGUUCACUUGACAAGGUGCAGGCUUGCACUGACAAAGUUGAUCAUGGUGACAAGAUAUCCCUUGGUGCCGAUGUUAAUAUACUGACUCUUCAUACCCCUUGCCACACUAAAGGCCACAUAAGUUACUAUAUCACUGGCAAGGAGGGAGAGGACUCAGCUGUUUUCACAGGGGACACCUUGUUUAUUGCUGGCUGUGGUAAGUUUUUUGAGGGAACAGCUGAGCAGAUGCACGAUUCACUCUGUGUAACAUUGGCUUCAUUGCCAAAGCCUACUCAAGUGUACUGUGGCCAUGAGUACACAGUGAAGAAUCUACAGUUUGCACAAACGGUUGAGCCCGAUAAUGCAAAGAUAAAGCAAAAGUUAUCUUGGGCACAGCAGCAAAGGCAGGCAGGACUUCCUACCAUCCCUUCAACCAUUGAGCAAGAGCUGGAGACGAACCCAUUUGUUCGCGCUGAUCUUCCUGAAAUCCAGUCAAAAGUCGGGUGCAAGUCCCCUGUUGAAGCUCUUGGGAAGAUCAGGCAGAUGAAGGAUAGCUGGAGAGGCUAAAAUUGCGCCGUUCGUUGUGUUGCCUCGAUCCAAUAGGCGAGAAAGGGGUAAAUCAAAACAUACAUAAAGACACCUCCUCUUCUUGUACUUGUAGCAUGUAUUUUCGUGGUUAACGAGACUCCGGUCACGUCGCCUGCAACGAUGUUUUAAGUACAUGUCUGUAUGUUUCAGUGGCAGCUACUCUAUUAAUCCGAAAUAUACAGGAGAUCCCCAGAACAACAAGCUCUCCUUAAUCCUUACCAAAUGUAUCUGUGGUUUUUUCAGCAGGCUAUUCAAGCCAUUUUCCUCCAUUUGCAGCAGGGGGAAUGCGUUGAGUUAAUAAUGUUGUUUUGGACAUUUUUGGGUAGUGAGGCCAAGAUUCGGUAACAUGAAAUAAAUGAUGUGGGAUGCAGAUUGCAGACUGUAUACUAUGUGGGUCAAAGAUGUUUGGAGGAAAGUGGUAUGUCGCUGCUUCUCCACCACUCGGAUGCUCUUGCCUUGCCUGGCCGCCGCUUGGGGGAACCAGAAGUCGUACGCACUGUUCACCAACCCUACCAUGGUUUUGGCAAGAAGCGAGUCGGUGGUUUGGAAUCAUGCCAAUGGAAGAAAAUCGUAGUUUAGUAUCAAUUUGAUUGUUAUAUAUUGCUUAACUAGUUAGGUUAAAUUCAAGAAUAGCAUCAAAG